AUGUUUAAUUCUGUUCUGUUGGAUUCUAGACAGAAUCUGUGUCCAUGUGUCCAUGUGGUGUCCGAGACGCAUGCAGGUCACUGUGAGCGUGAGGACGGUGAGUGUGAGGACGGUGAGCGUGAGGACGAUGAGCGUGAGGACGGUGAGUGUGAGGACGGUGAGCGUGAGGACGAUGAGCGUGAGGACGGUGAGCGUGAGGACGGUGAGUGUGAGGACGGUGAACGUGAGGACAGUGAGCAUGAGGACAGUGAGUGUGAGGAUGGUGAAUGUGAGGACAGUGAGUGUGAGGACGGUGAGUGUGAGGACGGUGAAUGUGAGGACAGUGAGUGUGAGGACGGUGAGUGUGAGGACGGUGAACGUGAGGACGAUGAGCGUGAGGACGGUGAGCGUGAGGACGGUGAGUGUGAGGACGGUGAACGUGAGGACAGUGAGCAUGAGGACAGUGAGUGUGAGGAUGGUGAAUGUGAGGACAGUGAGUGUGAGGACGGUGAGUGUGAGGAUGGUGAAUGUGAGGACAGUGAGUGUGAGGACGGUGAGUGUGAGGACGGUGAACGUGAGGACAGUGAGUGUGAGGACGGUGAGCGUGAGGACAGUAAGUGUGAGGACAGUAAGUGCGAGGACAGUGAGCGUGAGGACAGUGAGUGUGAGGACGGUGAGUGUGAGGACGGUGAGCCAGAGGACAGUGAGUGUGAGGACAGUAAGUGUGAGUACAGUGAGCGUGAGGGCAGUGAGUGUGAGGAUGGUGAGCGUGAGGACAGUAAGUGUGAGGACGGUGAGCGUGAGGACAGUAAGUGUGAGGACGGUGAGCGUGAGGACAGUGAGUGUGAGGAUGAGGACGGUGAGCGUGAGGACAGUAAGUGUGAGGACAGUGAGCGUGGGUACAUUGAGUGUGAGGAUGGUGAGCGUGAGGACAUUGAGUGUGAGGACGAUGAGCACGAGGACGGUGAGCACAAGGACGGUGAGCACGAGGACGGUGAGCACGAGGACGGUGAGCACGAGGACGUUGUUCACUGA